GGGACCGUGUAAAGAAAUCUACACUAAACGAGCACAGUUCUUGCUCCCACUCUUUCCUCCAAAGGCCAACGAAGAAGUUCUGAGCUCGGAGUUUGUGAAGACAAUUAUUGCUCAUGGAAGUCCAAUCUCGUGUUGGUCCAGGUUGAUGCGUGAUGACCCUAGUGUAAUGAGAAGUACCCGCUGCCCCAACCCACAGUGUGAGGAUACACAGAGGAAAAUAAGUUCCUGGGCCCCUGCCAUUCAUUCAAUUAAACGCUAUGGAUACAGUCGCCUACAGAACACAUUGGAAUAUUACCCGAAGCUUUGGAACAUCCAAUGUCCAUGUUUUCUUGGAGCUUGAUCUGAGAGAAUCAUUUAAAGAUUCUGCUCAGACUUGUCAACUUUAUGACGUGCCUCUAGCAUUGAAAUUCAAUCGUGAAUACAGAUUGGUUGGAAUAAUUCAUUAUGAUGCAAAGGGUGAUCACUUCCUUGCCUAUUGUCGUCGAAAGUCUGGAAGCUGGGAGAUACAUAACGGGCUUCUCAGUAAAGUCCAGCCAUUGAGAGGAAACCCUAAAAUACAACCCGAUUGUGCUAUUUAUAUUAUGAAUGAGUAUGAAACGUAACGAACAGUAUUCUCGAAAUUUCGCGGUGCUCUAUCUUGCCAAAGUUUGUAAUUUAUCAAGAGUUUAUGUGUAAUAAUAGAGUUAUUACUAAUGGUUAUUUGUUGGAGGAAAAAAUGCAGCAAGGAUAAAACGUCCUUAGAUUAAUGAUUCAA